CCCCCUUGUUGGACAGGCAGGUCGUGCCGUGACGUCACUCCGACUCCGCCGCUGCUGGCUGUUGUCGGCCGGACCUCCGGACAAAACCGACGAACCAACGAGCAAGCCGCUGCCGGGAACGGGCUCGCCACCUCCGGCCUUGCACCCACGAUGGCCUCCGACGGCACGGACGAGCGCUCGCCGCUUUUGUCCACUCCCAACUCGGAGAACGUCACCCCCAACGCGCCGCCUUACCUGCACGACUCCAGCCCCCGAGCGGAACUGCCUCCGCCGUACACGGCAAUCGCCAGUCCGGACGCGGGCGGCAUUCCCGUCAUCAACUGCCGCGUGUGCCAGUCGCUCAUCCAUCUGGACGGCAAACUGCACCAGCACGUGGUCAAGUGCACGGUGUGCAACGAGGCCACCCCCAUCAAGAAUCCGCCCACGGGGAAAAAGUAUGUGAGGUGCCCCUGCAACUGCCUCCUUAUCUGCAAAGACACCUCAAGGAGGAUAGGAUGCCCGCGACCCAACUGCAGACGCAUCAUCAACCUGAGCCCGGUGAUGGUGAUCCCCGAGGAGCAGACCGCCCAGCCGGCCCUCCCCGUGCAGCCCGAGGGCAUGCGGGUAGUCUGCGGCCACUGCGGCAACACCUUUCUGUGGAUGGAAGUGCGCUUCAACACAUUAGCCAAGUGCCCCCACUGCAAAAAGAUCUCGUCAGUGGGCAGCGCGCUUCCGAGGCGGCGCUGUUGCGCUUACAUCACCGUGGGGAUGAUCUGCAUCUUCAUUGGCGUGGGGUUAACAGUGGGCACUCGGGACUUUGCCCAUCGCUACAACGCCACGUACGUGUCGUGGGCGCUGGCCUACCUGGUGGGCGUCAUAUGUCUGGUGCGAGCAUGCUACUGGGGUGCCAUUAAGAUCAGCUACCCGGAGAAUAGCUUCGCCUAGGAGGCCCCGCCCCUUGGUUGUCUGACCUUUUCGCCUUUUUGUUUCCACUCAUUGAUACAGCAAGCCUUUAAAAAUUGUUUUUUUACCCCAUGAAUGACCAAGCAGAGACGAGCUACGAAGAAAUAACAUUUUGCUCGUUGCACUACGUUUUUUUUUUUUAUGUGAAUUUUGUGUCGUUCUGCUGCUAGUUAGCGUCCAGCUAAAGGAAGGUGCGUGGCCAUUUACUGUAACGUGGGGGUGUCCGAAAUAUUCAAAAUGCAACAUAACCGGCACUGAUGUUCAUCAUGACGGGACUGUAGGCUGUAAAACGCAUUGCUAGUCAGACAUUUUGAAUUCAGUGGAAACUACUGAACCUACAUUUUGGGCGGGCGAGAAUACGUUGUUUGUGCCAGCAUUAUUCUUAACACGGUAUUCUCAUUCAUUUUAUGUUUGUGGAAAAAUAAUUCAACAGGUAAAUUCAUCCGUUUUCUUAGAGAGGUUCUUAUUGCUCCAUACAGGGAGCCUAGUAUAAACACGCACUGCUAACUGUGUUUUUAGCGGAAAAGUAACAUUGGCAACGUAAGAUGACAGCCGUCUGGCUUCAGGGGUCCGUUGAUCAUCCAUUCAGGGAAACUCAUGUCGUUGGCCAUUUUUGUGUUGGAGAGGAUAUGUUGGGACACUCCUGCUAAUGCUAAUGUAACCACAAAGCUGUAUACAGACGGUAUAGCGUGUCUGCGUCUGCUUUUGACACUCCCAAAUGUGCCAGCGUUUGCCCCGCAGUAUAACUAGAGCGUCUUGCCAACAAGUUUUAUUUUAUUGUCAUUUGUUUGCUUUUAAGGUAAUACAGCAAUCAUAGUUUAUUUUUUGUUUAUUUAUUGUUUUGGUUUUACCUCCCACUGCAUGUCAACCGGUUUGUUACGUCCGUCACAAGAAGCCGUCCGUCUCUUGUAUGUGAACCUUUUUUCAAAGAAUGUAACCCUAAAAUAAUCCAGAAGUAAUGUUAAAAUAGCGUAAAGCAUCCCAUGGCACAUCCAGCCCAAUAAGGCGCGUAUUCUUUUGGAAUGUGACAUGGUGAGCGAAACAACAUGAAAGGAUGACUCUUUGUACAUUAUUGUGGAAGGCAAAGCGUGGUUCUUUUUCAAAGUGAUUAUUUAUCAAUAAAAGUACCAAAACUGA